AGCGAGUUUGAUCAGUUCUCCCGCCACAUGUCCGGAGUCUCAUUUUAAAGGACACUUUACGCAUCACAAAGUAACCCAGCCCGUAGGAGACAUUGUUCCCAUACCAUGACUGUCCUUUGGACUGUCCUUCUGGUCGUCCUGAUGACCUUUCUGGACCUGUCCCAUGGUGCAGACACAGACAUCGGGAUGCCUCGUGGCAAAAGGAGGCAGAGCUCAGCAGGAGGGGGCAAUACCCUUCAGCACCCCCUACAGGCUCUACAGGGAUAUAGCAGCAAUCACAGGAGGCAGGAGCGUCAGGGGGCCCGGGGUACUAAAGCUGGUAUACCGUCCCACCGGUCUCUGCAUCCACUUGGACAGCCUGAGGACGAGGGACUGGGGCUGGAGGGCAUGAGUCCAGUCCGUGUGGAGAUGGGACCAGCGAGGGACAGAGACAGAGGUCGUACGAGUCACAACAACCUGCUCGGGACCAAGAAGGGCAAAGGUCACGGGAAUGGACAAGCACACCACAUGGAGCACAGGAGACAAGGUCAAAAGUCGAAACAUAGUAAAGAUUAUUUUGCUCCAGCUCUGGACCUCAGUGCGCCCCUGAAGGACAGGGAUGUGUUUGAGGAUACCCCCUCCUCAGGCCUGACCCUCCCUAGUGACCCCCCCUCCCCCAGUGGCACCAGUGGCUUCGUCUUUGGCUCAGGCUCUUCUGCGGUUACCACGGUUACAAACGAGCAUCCUCCAACGUUGCCCCCAGCCUCCACCAAACCGCAGAGAACAGGAAAAGGCAAGACCCAGGGAGACGUAAUGCCAACUCUGGAUAUGGCUCUUUUUGACUGGACAGACUAUGAAGACAUGAAGCCAGAUACGUGGCCCUCUUCAAAUAAAAAAGAGAAAAGGCGAACUAAAAAUCUCAGUAAUGGAAACGUUACUUCAGAUUUGGUUGAGCCAUGUGACCAUCACUUGGACUGUCUUCCAGGUUCUUGUUGUGACCUGCGGCAACACGAGUGUAAAGCACACAACCGAGGCCUCAACAACAAAUGCUACGAUGACUGCAUGUGCGAGGAAGGUCUGCGCUGCUAUGCCAAGUUCCACCGGAAGAGACGUGUGACAAGGCGAAGGGGGCGCUGUGUAGUCCCAGAAACAGUCAACAGUGACCAGGGAGGCUUCAUCACCAUCUGAGCAAUAAAAACACAGAAGAAGAC